AGGAGGGGGCGGCGUUGGCGGCGUCCCGGUGGGAGCGGGGCCGCGUGCGCUGCCGCCGCCAUUGAGCGGCAGAGCCAGGCUGGGCCGGGGGCGCGAGGCUGACGAGGGGCGGCCAUUGGCUGCUGGCGCGCGCGCUCCCGCGGUGAGUGGCGGGACGGGACCGCGACCAGCUGCUGCCUUGGAGUUGCGGCGGCGGCGGGGUCCGGUCGGAAGCUCACCGGCUCAACCCUUCGCGGUGCCGCCCUCCAUGGGGCCGGGGGCGGCCGGCUUGCUCUGCCCUGCCGCCGUGAUGAAGUGACAGCGGACGAAGAGCGACGGCGGCGCCCCUUGCGGGCUACGAAGCGAAGGGCUGCUACCGACCCGGCCCGGAGCGGGCGGCGGGGGGGGGGUCCGGUGAGUGAGGCAGCGGCGGCCGGGGCUCGCACCCUGCGCGGCCCGCCUCCCCCCGCCGCCCGUCGGCCUGCGCGGGUGUCUCGGUGAGGGGAGAGCAGGGGAAAGGCGGCGGCACCGGGUCGGAGCGAGCGACGGCGGUGGCGGAGGGGAGCGGCCGCGCCAUGAACUACCAACAGCAGCUGGCCAACUCGGCAGCCAUCCGGGCCGAGAUACAGCGCUUCGAAUCGGUGCAUCCCAACAUCUACUCCAUCUACGAGCUUCUGGAGCGGGUGGAGGAGCCGGUGCUGCAGAACCAAAUCCGCGAACAUGUCAUCGCCAUCGAAGAUGCCUUUGUAAAUAGCCAGGAAUGGACACUAAGCCGAUCUGUACCAGAGCUGAAAGUGGGGAUUGUGGGUAACCUAGCCAGUGGGAAGUCUGCCCUUGUACACCGGUACCUGACUGGCACAUAUGUCCAGGAGGAGUCACCUGAAGAUAUGGAUGCAGGUGGGAGAUUCAAGAAAGAGAUAGUAGUUGAUGGACAAAGCUAUCUGCUGCUGAUUAGAGAUGAAGGGGGCCCUCCAGAGGCACAGUUUGCCAUGUGGGUGGAUGCUGUUAUAUUUGUCUUCAGCCUGGAAGAUGAAAUUAGCUUCCAGACUGUUUACCACUACUACAGCCGUAUGGCUAACUAUCGGAACACGAGUGAAAUACCAAUGGUACUAGUGGGAACCCAGGAUGCUAUAAGUUCCAGUAACCCACGUGUCAUAGAUGAUGCCAGAGCAAGGAAGCUGUCGAAUGAUCUCAAGAGAUGCACUUACUACGAGACCUGCGCUACUUACGGACUCAACGUAGAGAGAGUCUUCCAAGAUGUUGCUCAGAAGAUUGUUGCAACAAGGAAGAAACAACAGCUCUCAAUUGGCCCCUGCAAAUCUCUGCCAAACUCUCCAAGCCACUCAUCUGUGUGUUCUGCCCAGGUUUCUGCCGUACAUAUCAGCCAGACCAGUAAUGGAGGAGGGAGUUUAAGUGAUUAUUCCUCCUCUGUCCCAUCAACUCCAAGCACCAGCCAGAAGGAGCUACGGAUUGAUGUUCCUCCCACUGCCAACACACCAACUCCUGUCCGUAAACAGUCCAAGCGCCGAUCCAACCUCUUCACGUCUCGGAAGGGGAGUGACCCAGACAAAGAGAAGAAGGUCCUGGAGAGCAGAACAGAUAGCAUUGGAAGCGGUCGUGCAAUCCCAAUUAAACAGGGUAUGCUGCUAAAGCGAAGUGGCAAGUCAUUGAAUAAAGAGUGGAAGAAGAAGUAUGUGACGUUGUGUGACAACGGUGUGCUGACCUACCAUCCCAGUUUACAUGACUAUAUGCAGAACGUUCAUGGGAAAGAAAUCGACUUGCUGAGAACCACUGUGAAAGUCCCCGGGAAGAGGCCACCCCGAGCUACGUCAGCUUGCGCGCCCAUUUCCAGUCCCAAAACCAACGGCCUCUCCAAGGACAUGAGCAGUUUACACAUCUCACCCAAUUCAGGGAACGUGACUACUAGCACAUCUGUGUCUCAGAUGGCAAGUGGGAUCAGUCUAGUCUCCUUCAACAGUCGUCCGGAUGGUAUGCAUCAGCGCUCUUACUCAGUCUCCAGUGCAGAUCAGUGGAGUGAGGCAACAGUCAUUGCAAACUCUGGCAUUAGCAGUGAUACUGGGUUAGGAGAUUCUGUGUGUUCAAGCCCAAGUAUAUCCAGUACGACGAGUCCCAAACUUGAUCCACCUCCUUCACCUCAUGCCAACAGAAAGAAACACCGCAGGAAGAAAAGCACAAGCAAUUUCAAAGCAGAUGGUAUCUCAGGCACAGCUGAAGCCAAACGCAAAGCUUGGAAACUAAACCGUGUUGGUAGCCUGCGAAAUAUAUACAGCAGCAGCAGCACCAACACUGAAGAACAAGAAGAAAACUUUGAGUUUAUCAUUGUCUCUCUCACUGGCCAGACUUGGCACUUUGAAGCUACCACAUAUGAAGAAAGAGAUGCGUGGGUACAAGCCAUAGAGAGUCAGAUCUUGGCCAGCUUACAGUCAUGUGAAAGCAGCAAGAACAAGUCCCGCCUGACGAGUCAGAAUGAGGCCAUGGCACUUCAAUCCAUAAGGAACAUCAGAGGCAAUUCCCACUGUGUGGACUGUGAAGCACAGAACCCCGACUGGGCCAGCUUGAAUCUGGGAGCCCUCAUAUGUAUCGAAUGCUCAGGUAUACACCGAAACCUUGGCACGCACCUCUCCCGGGUCCGCUCCCUCGACCUGGACGACUGGCCUAUAGAGCUCAUCAAGGUGAUGUCUUCUAUCGGGAACGAGCUGGCAAACAGCGUCUGGGAGGAGAGCAGCCAGGGCCAUAUGAAACCUUCAUCAGACUCCACAAGGGAAGAAAAAGAGCGCUGGAUACGAGCAAAAUAUGAGCAGAAGCUCUUCCUUGCCCCGCUGCAGUGCCUGGAGCUUUCUCUGGGCCAGCAUCUCCUGAGGGCUACAGCCGAGGAGGACUUGCGGACAGUCAUCCUGCUGCUUGCGCAUGGGACCCGGGAAGAGGUGAACGAGACCUGCGGAGAUGGUGAUGGGCGCACUGCCCUCCACUUGGCAUGCAGGAAAGGAAAUGUGGUAUUAGUGCAGCUCUUGAUUUGGUAUGGCGUUGAUGUGAUGGCACGUGAUGCCCAUGGAAACACGGCGUUGGCCUACGCCCGGCAGGCCUCCAGCCAGGAGUGCAUUGAUGUUCUCCUCCAGUACGGUUGCCCCGACGAGCGCUUUGUCCUCAUGGCCACGCCAAACUUGUCCAGGAAGAACAACAACCGGAACAACAGCAGCGGAAGGAUGCCCACCAUCAUCUGAGGAGCUCACUCGUGUAUUCGCUGACCUGAAUUACAUCCGCAGCCUCAUAGUCCUCCAUCCUCAUCACAGCUCUGCUCUGUGAGUCUGGUAACUCCCCUUUUCCCUUUUCUCUUCGGUACAUCCCUGUCCCAUCUGGAAACGGUGCGUCUGGAGAGUGCGAGGGGAUGAGAAGGAGCGCAAGAGGCUGCAGAAAAAGCAGUUGUUUCAGUGUCAGCUCUCGAAUGAUGGAAGCGAGCAGGCGAGAGCGCGUGGGUUGAGCAGGACACGGCGCACGUGGCACCGGGACCAUGGGACAGCGGUCAUCCCCAGCGGGGGACGCAGGCUUACGGAGGGUGAAGGGAAGGGGCGGAGAGAGAGGCAAGCGAGAGGAGAAGGAAGGAGAGAUGAUGACUUUCCGUAACUGACAGUUAAGCACAUCAGUACAUUUCACCUCUACCAAAUGCGACGCCUGGAUUUCAUUCUCUUCUCUGAAGAGCUUGACGGCAUAAAUCAGAAGCAAGCACAGAGUUUGUCAGGUUUGAAGCUCCUAUGAUGGUAUAUGUCAAAUCAGUUGUAGCUAAUCUGUCCGGGGAGAAUACUGGCUUCAUUACACUUGUAUAGUUGAGUUCUUCCAGCAUUACCGCUGUUUAAUAGAACAUGAUUAGUCAUCACGGAGAAAAAAGCAUAUUAGCUGAGGAGGUAGUUACAUGGCACGCUUCGGUGAUUGCUUGGAUGUGAUUGCAAUAUUCUUAGAAGCAUCAUAUUAUCUCAGACAUGUUCUUUCAAGCCCUUGGAGCCCUCCUUUCUAAAUUCACUGUCAUAAUUUAGUAUCUGUUUAAUUUUUCAGUCCAAAGAGAGGAAAUGAGUUGCUGAGUGUUAUUUGACUGCAGUCUCCUUGGUGUAAAAACAAAAUGGAAAAAAUAAAUAAGAGUAACUAUGAAACAGAAAAAGGAAUAAUGAAUACCGCUAAGGCAAAAAAACCUUUCGAGUACCUAUAGUGAAAUUAAUAAAAGCAUUAAAAGGCUAAUAUUUUUUUUCAGCCAGCAGAGAUAGGUUCUGUCAUUUUGCCAAGGUAAAUGUGUUGAGUUUUUGGUCACUCCUGUGAUGCAUUGCCUAACUUAUACGGAUUUAUUUUGUAUUGUGUCUCUAGAUUAUAUGUAUGUAAAAUCUAUUUGAAUAAUAAAAAAAAAAAAGGCAUAAAUAUGCAUUGAUUUUUUUUUUUUUGCUUUGUUUUGUACAGAAAAUGACAUCUCUGUUAAUUUAUAAACUGUGAUGGAUGUGAAUUAAAUAAUGUGCAACUAGUUAGGAUCUGUGGGUUACAGAUCAUUGUACAUCGAAAAUAUUCCCAGCAGUGAACUUCUUGUUUCCAUUCCAAGGCUUCUGAGGAACAUAUCAGGAGGAGAUCUUGGCACGUUUGGCAUGAGAGGAAAAAAAGAGAAGUGUAUGAAACGUUUUAGAAAGGAAGAAGAGGCUGUUUCUCAGCACUGUAAAUAUAUUUUACUCCAGAAGUCACGAAGCUUUCACAAGCCAAGACAAAAAGCCCUAGCCUGGCUGUGGGAAGAUCAGAUUUGAUUAAGUUCAGAAUUGAUAGCCUUCACCGCAGCGGGCAGGGCAUGGCUGCGCUUGACUCCCAACUUGGCUGCUUUCUGGAAGAAAAAUGGCUUGUGAAAGUAGCCUGGACAGUUCAUUUGAAUUCAAAGUUUUAAUACUUGAUUUGAUUAUUUUGGUAUUAUCAGGCAGAUCACUGCUUCUGUUUUCAGUGAAGUAGGGUUCUGGCCCAGGGAGUCAGGCUGUACAGGUUUUGGCAGGCAGAAAAGUGGGGGGUUGUGAUUUUUUUUUUAUACAUAUAUUUUUUUUUUUUAGGUGGCAUAUGGCAGUGUGAAGAUGGGGGAAGGGUAUAUCACGGAGAAAGUUGAAAACUCAACUGAAUUUGAUGGCAAAGGAGCAAUUAUGUGAAAGCAGUGAGGUGCACACAGCAUAGUAAUUUGCAAAUCUACCUGCUCGUAUCUAUUUCCCAAGCCUUCCGUGCUGUUCUUCCUUGGGGCUCUGGAUUUCAUUUGGCAUACAAAGGGAGGAGCAUAGCAAUUGCUAAGUAAAUUUAUGUGGACAAAAUGUGAGGGGAAAAAAAAAAGCAUACUCUGAUUAUCUUAAGGAAAAAGAGAAACAGAAAAUUAUAAAUUUGAUGUAAAGUCAUCAAACUGAGGGGAAAAAUGAGCCUCAAGGUGGAAGCACAAGAAUAUUGAUCAGCUUUUCCUUUUUGGUGGUGGUUUCCUUUUGUACUUUGUCUUUAUAUUGCCUUUCAAUUAUUUGGUGGGAGGGGGGAAAUCUUUCUUCAGCCAGCCUAGGUUGGCUGCACCAGAGUAAGGCUAUAGCUGAUUCUAUUCAUCCUGGGAUAGUUUUAAUUUAUUUGUUUUAAUUGAGGAAGGUAUCUGCUGCAAUUACUAUUUCUCCAUCAUUCCCAUGCAGCUGCCUGAUUCUUGGUACUAUAGGUGGUCCACCAGUGAUAGGGCAACCCACCUAAUGUGCAGCUGAAGGGGAUGCUGUGAAACCCUCUGUGUCUUGGUGCUCGUGAGCUUUACACCUCUAUAGAUGGAUCUAGUGGGGAUUCAGGAGUCGUGGCUCAUGGUCCCAGAGGUGCUAGAGCUGCCUGCUGUUCCCCUGGGAGCACUGAGGGCAUUUCUGUCUGAAAGCCGAGUCCAGUGUUUCAGAUGCGUGGUAUGCAGAUUUAUUGCUGUUAGAUUCUCAAUGCAUUCUCCAUUUCCAAACUGUUCUUUUCCCAAUGCAGAAUGUCUUCUGUGCAUAAUUUAAUCCUGUCUUUGGACCACCUUCUUCUUCCUAAGCUGAGAGUGAUGUCUGUGAAACAAGGGCAACAAGGCUGUCUUGCAGAUUUCAGGCAGAAUAAUUAUACGCUACCUUCAUAAACAUCUUCUGAAGGCCAACAUCAAACAAAAACAAAGAUGAUUUCUAGGAAAGGAAAUUCCACUGUGUUAAAGGAAAUAUUCUAUAUCCAGGCUAGCUAAUUAAUAACCUCACACUUUGAUUAAGUAGUAGCACAGUUGCUUUUAACCUUUUUUUUUUUUCUCCUGUGAAUGUAUGAGCAUUGGCAGUAAUUUUGUUGAAGUGGUAUAGACUAUGCCAUGACUUCCCCCAAAGAUCUGGGGGUCUGCAGGGAGGAUACCCAGAUGUGCAUGUAGUGGUAAUCUCUUCAAGAAACAGGAGAUUACUCCAUGCUAUCUCUCCAAGUCAAGAGAGACUUUGUCUGCUCACGAUGCUCCAGCCAUGGGAAAACAGACCUCGAGGGUCUGUGCUUCAUGGAGUAUUGGCUGCACCAUCCUCUGUUCAGAUAGGCUUGGUUGAAUGGCUGUGAGAAGUUUUGUGGCACCUCCUGAGCUAGUAGGACAGGCCAGAUGGCAAGUCAGACCAGCAUAGGCUCCAUUCUCUUCUUGCAUGAUGAAGAAGAGGCGGGGAAACCCCUUCCCACCCUGGCUGAGAAGGAGGAGGAAGGAAGUUCUCCAUGACUGGAGCCUGACAGGGCUUGGCUUUGCGAGCCAAGGUCUCCAGUCUGUGUGCUUUUCACUGGGAGUGUUUGCACUUUGCAAAAGAUGUUCUUGAAGCUGUCCAAGUGCGGGAGCAGGUAGUAUGAACCAACACUUGGAGAACCUGCAGGAAUCAUUCCCCUUGCUUUCAAACCCUUUUAACCCAUCUGUUGUCUGUUCUUCGUCUCGUGUUUAGCCCCUCUCCUUGCCUUUCUGGAACCCACUUGCCAAGCUGUUUAUGCCCUUUGAGCAUGUUAUGAGCAAAUUAAAAACAAAUUGAGAUCCAGUCAGUAAGAAAUCCCAGCAGAAACAUGUUAGCUAAAGCUGCUUUCUCCAAAAAGGGAGUCUGCAGCUGUGUUUUUUUGUUGCAUCCCCCAUUUAACCCUUUCCACUAUCCCAGAUACUUUUAAAUCCCCCUUCCUCUGCACUUUAUCCACAAUGACUAAAACACUAGAAGCGAGUCAGCUGUUGCUGGUAACAUCAGGACUUUCCUUCUAUUUAUUCUGAGCUAAUUGCUGUUGGAAUGGUGGAGAUGAGUCAGAUGUGUCGUAUCUGGCAUCUGAAUCUUGAUAGACAUGGAGCUGAGGAGACUUUGCUUCUCUUUGCUAUUUAUAUAGAAACAAGAGCUAACCAUGGGAAAAUUCAAAGUCCUGCCAGUGCACAGAUUUAGCCAAGGGCUUCUGUUACCACAUUGCUGAUUUUAUUGCUAAAAGAGGGCAGAAGAAAAGCUGCUUUUGGAGAACCAUGGUGUAAUCUGGGCUAGGAGUUUCUCAGAAAGCCAGGCGAGCUCCUGGGAGGCAGAGAGGAUUUUUAAGCAUUUGGGUGUAGCAUGUGAUAACUGUGUGAACAUUAAUAUUGUUUUAAUUUGCUGUCUUUUUCCCUGAUUCCUUAAAUUAUGUGUGUUAGUGCAAAAAAAGGCUUUAGCUGCACUUGGAGGUUUCCCCUGGCCAGAGGAAGCUGAGUAAUGUAGGCAGAGGAUUAGAGGUGAGAAUGCAGAUACAGGCUUAGAAGUUGUCUCUGGCACUGUAAUGUAUUAUAAUUAGAUUAUAUGGGGUUUGGAUAGCUUCAUCUUUUAUAUUUGUAUGGAAAGAGGGGGGAAAUGAAGUAAUUUGUAGUUUCUAGUACAAAGUAGUAAUAGUGGAGACAAGCACAGAUUUCACAAGGGAGUCCCAAAGGGACCCUUUCCAAACAUCUCGGGGAGCCACGUUUGCACCUUAACCAGGAACAAAUGGUCAUUGUGGCUGGAGGGACUCAAGGUGGAAGAGGACACUGUUGGGGACCAAACUUGGGGCAGCUUGGCUUGAUAGGAGACAGCCAGCCCAUCCUCAUCUCAUCAUCAAGCAUCUUUGUUUCCCCUCUGAUGGCUGCUACAGCCAUGUGUAUAUAGAAUCUCUGGCUAUGAGGCUUGGAUGCUCAGUUCAACAUCUCCUUCCAUUCUUGGUGAUUUGUGGGUCAAAAACUGGUGGCAUAGAAAACCUGUUUUCAGAUGUUUCUCUUUGCUGCAUAGCAGAUAAAAACAAUGCUCCAGAUUAAAAGUUCUUUUCAAAGUGGCAAAACACUAAAUUUGGAGAUUAUGCAAUGAAUUUUCACUUCUUAAACUCCUAAGCUACAAAAAGAAAGUUAGUUUGUGUGGUUUUAUUAGAAAAUAAUCUCCUGCUCAAAAAAAAAUAGAGGUCAGAGAGCAAAAUACCCAAAGGUGUAAGUAGGUAGAUUCAUUGUAUUGCAACAUUCUAGGUUUCCUUUUGUUGUUCAGCAUGGGCCAGCUUUUAAAGUAAGUAUUGGGUAAUCUCAUCUGGUUACAGUUUGCCUUGAGUUGACAAGAUCUGUCUCACAUUUUAAAGGGAGGUUUGAAGUGUUAUGGCCGAGAUAUUCAGGAGCUGUGGGUAGGAUGGUUCGUGUUUUGAGAGGAGGGAUUGUGUGACUUCUGAAAAGAAAAGGUUGGUUUGGGGUUGGUUUUUGAGGCCACCUUAAAUCCCCAAUCACUAGGUAUGCAUCUGGUCACUGUGGCCCCUCUGUUUCAUUUCAGGUGACAGCAAUAUGCGGCUGAGUCAACUCCCAUCAUUUAACUACCUUUUCCUGAAUGUUCAAGGGGGGCUUGUGCUUGUGAGUGGAUGAAAUAAAAGUAUCUUUGUGCAUUUCGGCAGCUGUAGCCUCUUCAUCUCUCUAUGUCUGCCUGCCUAUCAAAUCCCUGUGGCAUAUUGAAGUGGUGGUGAUCAGUUCUGUUGAUGGGCAGAGUUUCAGCUUUCUCUUGGCCAUGAACUUUCUGGAUAUGUGUUUAGCUUCUGGUACUAGGGAUUGACUAUUUCGCAGUGCUUCAGAACUAGUAAUUUUUACCUGUGUGUUAUGUGAAGGGGGGUGGGUGGGGAUGCUUACAGAGGUCUAAUGGCAUGCGUUUGGAAUGACCACGUUGCUUGCUGGCAGUGAAUGCACCAUCAGCUCUUUUGUGUAUGCCCUGUUUUCCAGAACCAAUGGGUGUUUUGGUUUUUUUCUUUUCCUUUCUGAGAACUAAAGUAGCUGAAAAUACUCCCCUGGUCCACUAGAGUGACAAGGUAGAGGUAGAAAAACCACUCACAGCAGACAACUUGAUAGGGUCUGAUCCGUGCUGAAGGCAAACCCCAAGCUCACGCAGGACUGAGGAAGGGGUUUGGUGCUGAAGGUGGUUUGUUAUUUGGUAACUACUUCCUAUAUCUGAGGAUUGAGUUGAGUUGGAUGAAGUGUGAUUGAGGUGAUGAGUCCUCAGAUCCUGGUGGUUUGAGUCCUAAGGCCAAGGUGGUGUAUCAGAUGGAGGUCACUAAGUACACAUGCUUUGCACUUGGUGUCUGUGUGCUUAUAUAUGCUCUGCAUACUGCUUCUAGCAGUCAUGGAAAUGCAUGCACACUCAUUUACACAGUAACCAAAAUCUAUGCCUGGAGCCAGAUUUCAGUUAGAUGUUUCUACAUGGGCAAGUUUUCCAGUUUGACUAAGACUGUUUACAAGAGCGUGGGAAGCAGAGCAGGGUGGAGGACACCUGCUUGAGAGAUGGACAAGUGCAGGAAUAUGAGGCGCAGGCUUCCUGUACCUCGAAAAAAAAGAGCUCCCACUCCUUCAGACCAACAACACUGAGCUUCAGAAGAACUUUAACUUGGUCACCAGGUCCAGAGCAGUCCCCCUUGCUUGAGAGAAGAAAUCUCAGCUUGCCAACCCUGAGGGAAACACAGGGAAGGAGAUUCCAGAAGUGGAAAGGGCAGAAGACUUGCUGCUCAGAGGCUCUUUUCCAUAUAGAUUUUCUUGAAACUCACCUUACUGGCUGAAUGUCAGUGUGGGAUCAGCAGGCUGCCUGCCUGGAGCUGCUUCAGUGGUGUUUCAGCUCCUGCUGCUGUUUGUAGGGCUGUUGGAGUUGAUUAUGACCAGAUGUGUCUGAAGAGGAUUCUCCAGGUGGUUCUUCCCCAAGAGCAGCCCCUCAUUCUUCCCACCAUGUGUCCUUGACCAUUAAGAUCUGGCCCCCAAAAUUUUGUUGUGAGUGAGACACAAAUCUCAGCUAAAGUGUGCUGAGGCUUUGCAUGUACCAAGUAGCUUGGGGAAGCUUGACCAAGUGUUGUGCACACCAUUUCUACUCUUGCUUUCUGUUUAUAGUCCUACCAGGAUAAACCAGUAGGGAGAGGGCAAUUCUGGCAGAACAAGAAGAUAUCUGCUGGAGCAAGGCAGUGUGUGGUGGGAAUCAUGGCUAGGUGCAUGAAAAUGAUGGAGGCAUCUUGUAUUUCCUCUUCUUGUGCCCGUGACAAGAAUGACUUCAAGAUAGUUGAAAACCCCUCUGAACUUGUUUUCUGAUGUGUCCAUGGAUUCAGAUGGAUUCUCACUUGAAUUUGCUGAGGUCAUUUGGCCAGCCCAUGGGGAAAAUAGGCUAUAGCCAUCUUCUGAAGCCCAUUGCCCCGUGGGAAUACCAAGUUUUCAAGGGACUGCAUGCAUUCAGUCCAGCUCUCUUUUACUAUUUCAAUGUCAAGGGCAUCUCUCACUUGUAGGCAGCUAGCAUAGGUGGGUGCACAAGAAAAAACAAAACACCAGGGCUUGUUUUAUGUUACAAUUCCCUUUGGAGUCUGGUUUAGAAUUGCCAGGGGUCUGGUUUUGCAGCUCUUGCUCCCUUAAACCUCUUGACUGCCAUGAGGUUUGAGCAUGUCACAAAUGCUUUACCCAAGCCCAAGAAAAAAGAGCUUCAAGGCAGCUGAGCUGGGCAUGGAUGGGCUGUAUUCUGACCUCUCUGAAGUCAGAGUUCAGCCCCUGAUUUCAGCAAAGUUGUGAUUUGUAGUGCCCUCAGCACUACUUGGGAAGCAGAUCCAUAACCUGCUUCUUUCCUUUAUUCCUUAAUACCCUGUGGCUGCCUGCAAAGACUCAGUUUGACAUCCAGCUGCGUUUGGCCCCCAGGUCUUUCUGGUUUUCUGCUUUGUGGUGUUUGUCUUUCUGGUUGUGAUGGGGAGAAAGGGAGCCCAGGUGAGUAGGGACACCUGAGACCCUUGCUCUUGGGGAAGAGGCAGAAGUUACUUAGCACAUGGCAGGCUUUAGAGCAAGUUUUGGGGUUUUCGGUUGGUGGGCUUUUUUUGUUGGGGUUUUUAAUGUGUUUGUUUGUUCAUUUUGUUUUGUUGCUGGGGUUCUUUGGGUUUGUUUUGCUUUGUUUUUUUUCUGUUUCUGUAAAUAAUAAUGUAUAAAUGAUGAACAGGACAGUGUGGAAAUUCUUAAGGCAAAAGAAAAAAAAAAAACCAAACACAAAAUACGUCUUUGGUUGUUGUUUUUAUAUUACCUCAUUCAGCAAGUUUGUUUUACAAUGACUCAAUGAUGCUUUAUUUAUAUUGUUUGUACUGUAAUUCAACUGAUUGACAAACAUUUCACUUUGCUUCUUGUUUCAUAUGAUUUUGGUUGGGUUAAGUAUGCCAGUUUGUAAUAUGUUUCCCUUUCCUCUCUCUCUCCGCAUCGAGAUUUUUGUGUCAGUUGUACAGUAUUCUGAAUAAUUAAAACAGAAACAACAGGGAAAAAAAAAAAAGAUGAAAAACAAGUUAAAAAGAAAACAAAAGUUGUAAAGUACUGCAGAGAGAGGCUGCUAUAUUGUAUAGGUCUCUUUCUAAUAAAGACAAGAAAACUUGUUCGUCACA